UCUAAUCAAUCCCAUCUCUGUCUGACUUCCUUUUGUUGUAUCAAGAAUAUGUCUGAUCGUGGUUGGGUCGUUGAAGCUGCAGUAGAUGGAUGCGAACCACCAGCACCAAGUUUAGGAUCCUCGAUUGUCGGGUUCAAUUAUAUAGAACAAGGAGCAGAUAAGGAUGUUAUUAAGCACCAUGGACAUCAUCACCCUUUGGUAAAGUUCAAGAAAUCUAUCCAAAAUGUAGAAGAUUAUGAAGGCUAUUGCAACGGUUGUGGCUUUCCAAUGGACAUAAACUCUGGUGGAUUCAUGAUCUGUAUUGAAGAUGAUUGUGACUUCUGUCUACACGAAUUUUGUGCAUUACUUUCCAACAGAGAUACUUUACACUAUCCACAACACACGAGUCCUCUAAAACUCACACAAUCAAUAGGAUUAUUCAAAUGCAAUGUUUGUUUUAUGGAGUUCCUUGGUAAAGAGUUACCCGAAGAUUUCCUAUUGAUGCGUUAUCAUUGUAAAGAUUGCAACUUUGGAGUUGAUCUAAGAUGUGCUUCUAUGGCUUUUCUCACUAAUGUCCCUUAUCACCAACACCCAUUAACCCCUAAGUUGUCAUAUUCAAAUCCAUUAGUUUCAUGCUCUGUUUGUGGUGAAAACCAAAAAGAAAAACUAGGAUUUGUGUCUUUUGAAUGCAAAAUCUGCCCAUCAUUCUCGAUCCAUCAAGAGUGUUCCACUUUGCCUUGCACUCUUGAACAUGACAGCCACGACCAUAUUCUCCAUAUUAAAAAAUGUUUCGAAAUUGAUCCGCCGGAAAAUCCCUCAUGUGGUAUCUGUAAGGGGGGCAUUAACCUUGAAUUAACCUUCUACUACUGCUGUGAAGUAUGUCAUUACUAUAUUCACAUUAACUGUUCCUCUAAGAAAUGGGACAAAGAAAUUGAGAAGCCCCCGGUAGGAUUUGGUGAAUUGAUGGAGUUUCCGUUGCCUAGUUUUGAGUCAGUAGAUAAGACAUUAUCUUAUUUUAUUAAACAAAUAUGUCAUGAUCAUGAUCAUGAACAGGGGAAAACCAGCUCAAAAGAAUUAUUUGAUAGAGUUCAACAUGAUCAUCCACUUAUACUUAACAACAACCAUUUAUCAGAUCUACAUGAUCAUGAACCGGGGGAGACCAGCAGGAGCAGCUCAGAAGUAUUAGAUUCAAAUCCACAUGAUCAUGAACAAGAGGAGUCCAGCAGUAGUAACUUAGAUGAUAUUGAUCUAUAUCAAUAUUAUCAUCCAACCGUACUUAACAAUGAUCAUGUGUCACCUGCUGCAACAUGCUGCAAAGCAUGCACCCUUUCUGUAUCGGGUGAUGCACCUUUCUAUAGUUGCACCGAGUCAUCAUGCGACUUCAUUCUACAUAAAUGGUGUACCAAAUUGCCUCUUAAGAUGCUCUACCCAGAAUAUCCGAUUACAGGGCAUAAAGGGCAUAUGUUCCACCUUCAUACAAAUCUUGACAAUUUCCUUUGCAGGGCUUGUGGGAGUACUGGGAAAGGUUUUGCUUACAAAUGCACUGUCCAUAAAAACUAUUACAUACAUGUUAAAUGUUUUUCCCUUCCCAGCUACAUCAAGCACGAGACUCACAAGCAUCCUCUAAUUCUCCUCAAUUAUACCAAUACUUAUUUGGGAGGUUGCUAUGCAUGUCGCGAUGAUUAUGAAGACAAAGUUGACCUUUAUUUAUAUGGUUGCAGAGCUUGCAAUUUUAGCCUUCACCUUAGUUGUUUGUUAUUGCCACGAGAAAUUCCAUAUAAAUACGAUAAGCAUGGAUUCAAGCUGACAUAUUGCAUUCCUAAGUUAAAAUAUGAGCCUCCUGCUUUCACUGAUCAUGGCAAUGCAAGUGAUGAUGAUCCAGAUGAACCAGCUGGAGAGUACUGUGAAUUAUGUGAGGAAGAAAUGGACUCAGAUAAAUGGUUCUACCAUUGUAAUGAAUGCAAAAGGUAUGCUCACAGAACUUGUGCAAAAUGGAACUUGAAGUUAUUUUAAAAUUUCUAUCAUUCAAUAAUUGUAUCCCUUAUUUACAUGUAAUUGUUGCACCUAUGUAGUUUUCCAUUUUAAAAG